CCAAACACGUAGCGCUAAACCGGACCGGACGCGGCGGCGACACGAAUUCAUUCACCGUUUCCGAUAUCUAUACACAUUGCAGUAUUACACAGUUGUACACGUCUUCACUAUACAUUUUGGGUCCGUCCGCCAUCGUCGCCGUUUGAACACGUUUUUCUCGACGUCUGCCAGAAUCGAUCACCGUCAAAAAUGCCUGUAAAUCCAAGUGCAAUGCAAUCAACCAAUAAUGGUCCCAGGUCACCAUCUAAACCAGGCGCAUCUAGGACAGCCGGAAAUGUGCUUAGACAGCGUAAAACUACUGCACCCACUACAUCAGUUAGAAACCGUAAUACUGGAACUAGCAGUGGAGGUAUGUGGCGUUUCUACACAGACGACUCACCUGGAAUUAAAGUAGGACCCGUGCCCGUGUUAGUGAUGUCUUUGUUGUUCAUUGCCUCCGUUUUUAUGUUGCAUAUUUGGGGAAAAUAUAAUAGAGCUUAAUUUCUUUGUUUAA